AUGUAUGAUGAUGACGACUGCUGCACAAAGAAAGGAGCCUCUAUAUUCAAAGCGCCUCGGCCUGCCCCGCCAUUACGAGCUGCCCUCGCCGGCUCCUCCGCCGCGCUCCGCUUCGCCGCCCCUGCAUUCUUGUGGAAAGGCCAGCGCCCCUUCCCCGCCGUCAGGCUGGAGCCCCAAAACCCCAACAACGCGUCGGCCGCCAUGGCUCAGAUCCUGCCCAUCCGCUUCCAGGAGCAUCUCCAGCUCCAGAACCUGGGUGUCAACCCAGCCAACAUCGGAUUCAGUACUUUGACCAUGGAAUCUGACAAAUUCAUCUGCAUACGAGAGAAAGUGGGGGAGCAGGCGCAGGUGGUCAUCAUUGAUAUGAAUGACCCAAACAAUCCGAUCCGCCGGCCAAUUUCGGCCGAUAGCGCCAUCAUGAAUCCUGCUAGCAAAGUUAUUGCCCUCAAAGCCGGGAAGACCCUUCAGAUUUUUAACAUUGAGAUGAAGAGCAAAAUGAAGGCUCACACCAUGACGGAUGAUGUCACCUUUUGGAAGUGGAUUUCCCUCAACACUGUUGCGCUGGUCACCGACAACGCCGUGUACCACUGGAGCAUGGAAGGAGAGUCUCAGCCAGUCAAAAUGUUCGAUCGUCAUUCCAGUCUUGCGGGUUGCCAGAUUAUCAACUACCGUACGGAUGCAAAGCAGAAAUGGCUGCUUCUGACUGGAAUUUCUGCACAGCAAAACCGUGUAGUUGGAGCCAUGCAACUUUAUUCUGUGGACAGGAAAGUGUCACAGCCCAUCGAAGGCCACGCUGCCAGUUUUGCCCAGUUCAAGAUGGAAGGCAACGCGGAAGAGUCCACCCUGUUCUGCUUCGCAGUGCGGGGGCAGGCCGGAGGCAAGCUGCAUAUUAUUGAGGUUGGGGCACCUCCCACCGGAAACCAGCCAUUCCCCAAGAAAGCUGUAGAUGUCUUCUUCCCACCAGAAGCCCAGAAUGACUUCCCAGUAGCAAUGCAGAUUAGCGAGAAGCACGAUGUGGUCUUCCUGAUCACAAAAUACGGUUACAUCCAUCUCUACGACCUUGAAACAGGCACCUGCAUCUACAUGAACAGAAUCAGUGGAGAAACGAUCUUCGUGACUGCGCCACACGAAGCCACGGCUGGAAUCAUUGGGGUCAACAGGAAAGGACAGGUGCUUUCCGUGUGUGUGGAGGAAGAGAACAUUAUCCCAUACAUCACCAAUGUGCUGCAGAAUCCCGACCUGGCCCUGCGAAUGGCUGUCCGUAACAAUCUUGCCGGUGCUGAAGAGCUCUUUGCCCGAAAGUUCAAUGCCCUUUUUGCCCAAGGGAGCUACUCUGAAGCAGCCAAAGUAGCAGCAAACGCCCCGAAGGGAAUAUUGCGUACUCCAGACACCAUCCGCCGGUUCCAGAGUGUCCCAGCGCAGCCAGGUCAGACAUCUCCUCUGCUUCAAUAUUUUGGCAUUCUGCUAGACCAAGGGCAGCUGAACAAAUAUGAGUCCCUGGAACUGUGCCGGCCUGUCCUCCAGCAAGGACGCAAGCAGCUCCUGGAGAAAUGGUUGAAAGAAGACAAGUUGGAAUGCUCUGAAGAACUGGGAGACCUCGUGAAGUCUGUGGACCCCACCUUGGCCCUGAGCGUCUACCUACGGGCUAACGUUCCCAAUAAGGUCAUUCAGUGUUUUGCCGAAACGGGGCAAGUUCAGAAGAUUGUGCUGUACGCCAAGAAGGUUGGUUACACUCCAGACUGGAUCUUCCUCCUGAGGAACGUAAUGCGGAUCAGCCCGGACCAAGGACAGCAGUUUGCCCAAAUGUUGGUGCAAGAUGAAGAACCUCUGGCAGAUAUUACACAAAUAGUAGAUGUGUUUAUGGAAUACAACCUGAUCCAGCAGUGUACGGCUUUUCUCUUGGAUGCUCUAAAAAACAACCGUCCAUCUGAAGGGCCUUUGCAAACUCGUCUGCUUGAAAUGAAUCUCAUGCAUGCACCUCAGGUCGCCGAUGCCAUCUUGGGGAACCAGAUGUUCACCCACUAUGACCGGGCCCACAUUGCCCAGCUGUGCGAGAAAGCUGGUCUCCUCCAAAGGGCGCUGGAACACUUCACUGACUUGUACGACAUCAAGCGAGCCGUGGUCCACACACACCUCCUCAACCCUGAGUGGCUGGUGAACUACUUUGGCUCCCUUUCCGUGGAAGAUUCCCUGGAAUGCUUGCGCGCGAUGCUGUCAGCAAACAUCCGCCAGAACUUGCAGAUCUGCGUCCAGGUGGCUUCCAAGUACCAUGAGCAGCUUUCAACUCAGUCGCUCAUUGAGCUCUUCGAGUCAUUCAAGAGUUUUGAAG